AUGAGUUUUUAAUCAAUUUCAUCUUCAGAUUUAUCAGAUUCAGAUGAAAUGACUUUCAUAAAAACUGAUUAGGAGAGAAUUUUGAAAAACUCAAACAUAUUAAAACAAAAUGAUAAUGAAAGCAACAGCUGUUUAAGGCAUCCAAAUAAAAAAGUAGUUUGUUUGUUAAUAUAUAGGCAAAAUUUUACGUAUAGCAAAAUAGUGGUUAAUUGUUUUGUUCAAAAUGUGCACUUAAUUUAGCUUUAUAAGGACUUUAAAUAGAAGAAACAUAAGAGGUAUAAUUGGAAAUAUAAAGGAAAGAUAAAAUAAAUCAGUUUUAGAAAGAUUUAAAUUAGGCUCUUUAAUUAUGUGAUUAAAAAUUGUUAAACAUGGAUGAGAUUAAAAAUAACUUAAUUAAAUAGUAGGAAGAAUAGAAUAUUAGUUGUGAAGAAUUUUUUAAUGUUGUUCAAAAUACGACUAAUUAGUUAAGACAAACUUAUUAAUAGAAAUUCUAAAAUGAUUAUUCUAUUUAUUAAAAUCAAGUUUAGGAAUAAGUAGAAAAUAUUAAGCAAUUGAUACUAUAAUUAAAACAAUUUUCGAUUGAUAUUUUUACAAAUCAUGAUAAUAUAGUUAAGAAAAUGGAAAUGAAACCAUUUGAAGAAAUAAUGCAAAAAUACUAAAAAAAAGUAGAUGAUAUAAAAUGCUAAUUAUUUAAUACUCAAUUUUAAGAAUCUUUAAAAUAGUUAAAUGUUGAUUAAAAUUAAAUUCUAACAUUUAUGAAUAAAAUGUGUUACAAUUUUUUAAUAAAAAAUGAAAAUAUGGAAUAUAAUUAAAAUUAAAAAACUAUGACUAGUUAAUAAAAUUUUGAGUGCAGUUUAUCUAAUAAUUAAAAAUAUUUUGAUAUUUUUGAGAAUGAGGAGAUUAAUAGUCCUAUAUCAUUAAUGAAUUAAAUAUAAUUAUAGUCUCCAAUUCGAAAAUAAUUUAAUAAAUUUGAAUCAAUAAAUUCUAAUCCUGUUAGAAGUAAUGCAAAUACUCCAGAAAGUUGGAAAUAUAAGCCUAGUUUAAGAAGAGAUAAUAUAACACCAAAUGAUAAAAUUUCAUAUUAAAAUAGUUCUCGUGUUUUAGAACAAGUUAGUUCUAAAAAAGCACUUUAAAAAUAAUUAAUUGAUAAAUAUUCUUAUUAAUGUAAUGAAAAGUAAAAAACUACAACUGAUUGUGAAAGAAUAAGUGAAAAAUCCUAUUCAUUGUUAAAUAAUAAUCUGAGCUGCUUAUAAAUAUAAAAAGUUUUAAAAGAAGCUGAAAGAGCAAGUCUUGAAGAUAGAGAAUUAACUCCAAAAUAAAAAGUUAUUCCUGUAGGUAAAUCUAUUAUAUAUGGCUAAACUUAUAAUAAUAUAAAUAAGAAUCUUUCGAAUUAAAAAUGUAUUUAUCUAAAUAUUAUAUUUAGCUUAGUAGAAUCUGAUUUAAAAUUAUGUUCAUAAAUAAUAAUAUGGUUCAGUUCCAAACUUAAAAUCAGUUUCUCAUUAAUAAUAACAUAGUGAUACUUUAUAUUUUCAUCGUUAAUAAGAAGGACAUAUAAGGUCUAAAUCAAAAUAAAUUAAACCUUAAUCAAAUGAAUAAGAAAGUAAAAGACAAUAUAUUAUCAAUGUCGGCCUUAAUUCAAUUCCAUAAGCCUAAAAUGAGGAAACAUUAAAAGAUAAAAUAUUAAAAGAGUUAUGUAGCCAUCCUAGUGAAUCUGUUUAUGGCCAAGUUUUAAAAAAUCAUUAAUAAAAAUAAAAAAAGCACAAAUCAACUAGUAAAGAAAAUUUUGAAUGGACUUCUUAAAAAAACAGAGUGAUUGGAUCAAAUACUAACAAAAAACUAUUUUGA